CUGCCCUCCAGAUACAGAUCAUGAGUGGCGGGUAUGACCUCAACCUCUUCAUCAGUCCUCCCAACUGCAGCUUCCUGUGCUCUGUCUGCCAUGGGGUUCUCAAGAAGCCAGUGAGGCUGCCGUGCAGCCACAUCUUCUGCAAAAAGUGUAUCUUCCGGUGGCUGGCCAGACAAAAGACCUGUCCAUGCUGCAGGGAACAGGUGAAAAGGAAAAAGAUUGUCUAUGUGAACAAACUCCGGAAAACCAUUGGCUGCCUGGAAGUCAAGUGCAGGAACGCCGAGGCUGGGUGCUCGGUGACAUGCCCCCUGGCCCAUCUCAGGCGCCACCAGGACUCAUGCCCGUUCCAGCUGAUGGCCUGCCCCAAUGAGAGCUGCACCGCGCGGGUGCCACGUGGAGCUCUGGCGGAGCACCAGCAGUAUUGCCAGCAAGGUGCCCAGCAGCAAUGCCCCCUGGGCUGCGGGGCAGUCCUGGGCCCGGCGGAGCGUGCUCACCACAACUGCUACCGAGAGCUGCGCCAGGCGUGGAGCGAACGCCAGGAGCGCAGCCGGAAGGUCCUGCUGGGCCUGCUGCAGCGCAUGCGCCUGGUGCAUCGCGCCACGAGCCUCAUCCGACGGCAGCUGGCGCAGCUGGGCAGCUUCCUGGAGGACGACGACGCCCUGCUCGAGGGCGCCCUGCAGGUGGAGGCGGGGGCCACCCCAGAAGGCAGUUCGGGGGGUGAGGCGCUGGGGCCCAGGGCCAAGGUGCCUUGUAAAGAGAGGUAA